AUGUUCAAUCAAGAGAAACUCAUGCAUUACCAAGUGGAACAACAACCAUCAUGGAGCUACUACAUGACAAGAGUAACAAGAACAAUGGAAGAAGAUGAAAUGGAGAGAAUAAUGAGAUUAGCUACACAGAAUGCUGUUGUGAUAUUCAGCAUUAGUAGUACUAGUUGUAUGUGUCAUGCAAUGAAGAGCUUGUUUAGUGGAAUGGGAGUGAAUGCAAUGGUUCAUGAACUUGAUCAAGAUCAUAAACCAUUCAUGAUGAGGUUACUUGGAAAUUCAACAUCACUACCUGUUGUUUUCAUUGGUGGGAAAUUAGUUGGUUCGAUGGAUACAGUUUUGGCUUUUCAUAUCAAUGGUUCUCUUGUUCCUCUUCUCAAACAUGCUGGUGCUUGGUGGCUCUAA